AUGUCUGCAUCGAGAAGUCUAUCUAUUUAUCGUGGUCUAUUAAAAGAAGUGACUCAACAGUAUACAAAAGGGGCAAAUAAUCCGUUAUAUGCACAAGAAUUAAAAUCUGCUUAUAGAAAGAAUAAGAAUGUCACUGAUCCUGAAGAAAUUCAAAUCUUGAACAACGAUGCUGAGAAUGUGUUGACAUUUUUAACAAGUUCCAGAAAGCAUAAGGAAUUACGUGAAAUGUACUCAACGAUCGUAAUGGAGCAGAGAAAAAAAAUUGAGCUUUCAGCCAAGCGUGUUGGUUUGAAUUUACCAAAGGAAUAUAAACCUGAUCAAUCUGCAGAAUAG